UCAGAAUGGCUCUAAGAAGGUGUGGGACUUUAUGAGGACACAUGACAGUGUGUCAAUCCUGAUCUUUAACACUUCUCGGCAGUGCUUUGUUGUGGUGAAGCAGUUCCGCCCAGCUGUUUACAUGUGUGAAGUAGAAAGGCACUCUCCUCAAGUCUUCCAGAACCAGGACAAGCAGAACUUGGGGCAUCUAGAGGAUCCUUUACCUGCUGUGGUCGGAGUGACGUAUGAACUCUGCGCUGGCAUUGUGGACAAACCAGGCCUUUCUAUAGAAGAAAUAGCCUGUGAGGAGGUCUUAGAAGAGUGUGGCUACUGUGUUCCUGCUGCAGACCUAAGGAAGAUCACCUCUUACAGGUCUGGAGUUGGUCUGACAGGUUCUAGGCACACCAUAUUUUAUGCAGAAGUAACAGACCAGAUGAAAACUGGAGAAGGAGGUGGCCAGCCUGAAGAAGGAGAGCUGAUACAAGUUGUAGAAAUACCUUUAGAAGACUCCAUGAAGUUUGCUUUUGAUGAGAGUCUCCCAAAGACACCAGGUGUCGUUUUGGGCUUUGUGUGGUUCCAGAGCAACAUAGCACCCAAUCUACCAAAAAAAUAAAGUA